AUGGCCCGAUGUAAAAAGAAAGACAUAAUUCCGCCCUUAGAACUCUUAUAUGAGCCAUCUGCAAAACUACCGUUGAAUUCGGAUUAUAUUCACUGCACUGAGCGUCACCCGCGAGUUCCUGUUGUUCCUGCAGUCAGCAAACAUGCUUGGGUAGUGGCUUAAAUUAUCUUGAUUAUGUUUCAGAUUGAACCACAUUUCGUUAGUCCGCAACUGACAUCACGGAAGGAAAAUAUAUACAAUACACGCCCGAGCGGAAGAAGUUCCAUCAUCCCUCUUGAGUUUACGUCGCUUGGGCAACCAACUGACAAAGGCUCAGAUAAGGCUCAAAAAGAGGUAACCUUCAUUGUAUUGCAACAAAAUGACUGCGUAUUAGCUGAAUUUAUUUCCAGUAUGCGUCAUUCGCCUUCUGCCAUGCUUGCCCUAGCAAAAAAAUCCCACGGUGCUUUACCUGUCUCAUAGGAUGAUAGCCAUAUUAAUCAAUUUUGAGCACUUAAUGCUUGUCGCUCAGUUCUAAUGUGAAAAGUCUCGAACAGGACUAGCCCGGUCCAUGCGCGUACAUCAGAUGAGGUGGAAACGUUGCAAUGGGGUUGCGUUAGCAGUGCUUAUUUGUCGUGUUCCGGCCGCUUGUUUCUCUCACCGACUUGGCCUCCAUAUUCCGUCGAAAUCUCGGAGUGCUGUCCAGUUUUUUACAGAAGUUAUCUGUCCUGGCCGAUCUUAUGCCAGUCGCUCCGAACUGCUGUUUUAUUCCAGCGCACUUCAGUGAAUCCCGCUAGUUGCCACGGCAGCAUUCGUCUUCUUUCCCUGCGCACUAACUGCCAACUUUGUGAUGAGACAGCCAGGUCGGUAGACGCUUGUCGGUUCUUGUGAUGUGGUUGCUCCAGUAAAAUUGGAUUUCCUCGAGCAUUGCAAAGCUGAUGACUGUUUUCGGUUCCAAGGCUUGGACGUCUGGAAUCCGUUCUUGCCUCUUCACUUUUAGCAUGUCAGGGAAUCAAAGCCAUAAGUUAAGCUUCUUCACUCGAGUCUUUUCAUUGUACGAGGGUCUGGUCUGCUCCAUGGCCAUGUUCAUUUUCAACUUGUUGUUGAAGGAGAUGGGGGGUUUGUAUCCUGUCGAGGGCGGGAUUGGUUCUAAAAACCCAUGUUGCAGUCCUUUCGGUCUUGUUGUUUUUUUAGGAUCAUAUAACCAAGGCGUCAGAGUUUGUUCACAACAACGAAAUAUCGGUCGUUGACAACAGUAGUUUGUUCCAUAUAGACUGGACGCUGAUGCAGUUCAGGAAUUGCUGUCAGUGUCGGGUGUUCACAACGCCAGCAUCCAUGGACAUUAUAAAGAGUUGGGGGCUGUAUGCAUCCCUGUUGUUCUCAACUCAUCGCGAUGAAUGCAACCAUUAUCAACCGUUGCCGAAAAAGUGAGCGGUAGUUCUGCCGUACCUUUGCAUUGCUGCAGAUGUCAACAUUCUGGGCACCAAACACUUCAUUAACCUCCCGUCGGCUCCCGCUCUUUAUGACCAAAACCUCUGCCACAUCAGGGAGACAGUGUAAUGACUAAUUUGCAUUUCCUGUUCUCUUGUAGUGGUCAUCCGGCAGACUUUAUCGACAGUUUCGCGCCGCUGUGUAAUCUACAUUUCGUUCGUCACAGGCUUCCCUAUUUCAGGUGAAGCAUUUGACUGUUCGACCUUGUGCGACGAGGCGUCUUCACGUAGUGCCAUGCAGGGAAAUUGCUUAAUGGCUGUAGCAGGCUUUUUAUGUUUCCAGGCGUGUGUGUUUCAGUGCUCUCAAAAAGCGAUUCUUUUUUAUCCUAGCAUCUGGGUUAAACGGGCCAGUCUCUCCGGAUAUUGACAGGCACCAAAUCGAAUCGACAUCAGUGUCUUCCAGUUUGAGUCGUUUAAUUUCUUUGGUCUUUUCCUCUGGACUUAACGACGAAUCAAAGACAUCGUUGGUUCUAACUUGUAUGGACUUGUUGGGUGACUUUUCGCAUAUGAUAUGUAUACGGUUGACGCGACAAAGGCGCUCGAUUCAGUGGUUUUGUAUCUCCUAUUUCCCACAGCAGAACUGUUUUGUCAUAGGUGAGCAGCGACCAAUUGCUGGUGGGCUUUGAGCCGCAGACCCCUUUGGUAGCCGUGGAAACAUUCCUCAUACUCCCGCGUUCAGCAGGCGUUUUUGUCUCCCGAAAUUCCUGCUUAGUUAUCUACAUCUGUCAAGUGCUGUUUUGUUUAUGCGUCUAUUGUCUCCACAAUCUGGAUGUAGGUAACUGUCAUCAUAUAGCACGUUCCGAAUCGCCUCCUUCUUUCAACCCAGUACUAAUGGUGUCGACCAGUGAGUGAGUAUAUCUCAAAGACAGUGUUGUAUACUACUGUACCCCAUUUGUACGUGCUUUUCUUAAUUGCCUCGUUUCCCUAAACAUGAACUUACUCCAUCUUUUGUCCGGCUAAAAAAUAUGUUAUUAUCGGAAGCCAGCAAUGUAGUGCCUAGCUUCUUUCUCGCCUACUUAUAAUCCAUCUCCGUAUGUUAAUCCACUGUGUUAUCUUAGAGCUUAGAAUAUGGUGGUCCGCCGGGAUUUUAACACCACAUAUCGCCACUACCUCAUGCACACCUUGGCGGCCUCAUUCGGUAAUUUAGUCCAGUGGUUGCCAGCGACACAUCCAUUCUGUCUUCUCACGGUUAUGGAAACCAAAGAGUGUUUAUGAUAAGACUGUCUUCCAACCAGCCUUUCAUCCGGAAGUGGUUGCUGUCAUGUUGCCAUCUGCGUGUUGACGGAUCUUAACUUUUCAGUAAACUCAAUUUCUUUUCGCUCAUGCAUUUACGUUGCCAACACGAUUAUUUUACCCGUUUUGUUGCGAGUUUCAUCCUGGUGGUUGGCACUUCCCGCGUAACUAGUCUACUAUGACUUACCACCGCUUUAGCACUCAGUGCCCUGGCGGUAACGUGUGUAAUGACUUUUUGACUCCAUCAUAACGCCGUUGUUUCCUGUAAUUACUGUUUAAUGAAAGUGCCUUUCCUCCCACGAUUUCAUUGAGAUGCCUUUCUUCAGGGAAGUUAAGUUCGCUGAGGUCGCCACUGCUCCUCUUGUCUCAAACUAAUUUGGAUGACAAGAACUGCCCUCCUUUAUGGUUAAUUGACCGUUGGGAAAUCUAAGAUAUUCCGGAUUGCGUGGGUAGGUGAAGUUACACUGACAGAACGGGGUUGGGAGCAAAUAUUACCCCUCCCCUCCGCCAUUUAUUUUGUGGUAAUUGUGUGUAGGAUUUCCGACAGGCUGUCAGGUGAUUGAAUGUCUUAAGCAAUCCAUGUCUAGAAUACUUUUUCUAACUCUGUUCUCAAUGGAUUUCUGUAGUAAUUUAUUUAAAAGGAAUCUGGUUAGCUCUCUUUGGCUGCAAAUUCGUCUGUCGUCUAUCGACUUACAGUGAAGAAGUGACUUGAACUCUCGGCCGUCGUCUGUGGGGCGAUACACAGCCCGUCGCGUUUAAAGGCUGUUACUAUUGUUGUGGGAGUGAGCGCGGUGAUCGUGUCUAUGGCUGAUGCAUGUAUUUCGGUGAAUUAGAGAAAGCCUGCGUAGUCUUGCCCCCACUCACGUCAAUAUUAUCAUGACCCAUUGAUAAGACCGCGUUAAAACGACGUUCAUUAAGAUAAGUCACAGUGUCUGGCCUGUAGUAGUCCCAGCUGCAACGACGCGUCUGGUUUCUCCCUGCUUUCCAAACCAUACCACAGAAACUGGCCGGUUGGAGUGAUACACCCGCUACCGUCGCUUACUUCAGCCUGUCUAUGGAGGCAGUUACUUAGGCUUGGCCGCUGCGCUCAAUACAACAUCUUUGUGCUACGGAUAAGGCUACGGAGUGGCAUAAUGACGCGCAAUCAGGCGGACGCAGGGACGGUAAAGCUGGUAAAUGAAAGCACAACAUGCUUUUAUUCUAUGCGGUUACUAAGUACCAUCUGUAAUAGCUUUGUAAUGUACGUUUUAAUAUUCCCCUUCCCAUGUCUUUAGUCGCGGGACUCCAAUGAGACGAACCGUUGUGCUCUCGUACCCCCUAAGACUCCAGAUCUUCGGCCAACAUCCCCUAAAAUUUUAGUAUCCGAGACUCCACAGCAUGGCUAA